UUUAUCAUUACGUGCAAGCCAGAAAAUGUUCCGCUUAUAAAGUCGGCAAAAUUCCACUCCAAAACUCUCUCUCUCUCUUCCUCUCUAUCUGUCUCUCUCUUCGUCAGACGCGCGUCUGAAAAAUCCUCAAACCCUCUCUCCCUCUCCAUCUCUCGAUUUCAGACGACAAGAGAUUUCGCAUGAUUGAUGCUGAGACCUUUCUGUUUGUUGGAUCAGUACUCCUCUUGUGGCAGUGAUAUGUGAAUGGCCAAUGUUAUGAGGCUUUCUCAAGUGCCAUUUAUAUUUUGAGCGUCUCUUGACCUUCUGUAACACUGAACAAUUUCAGUUUGAAAUAUACGUGCUGUAAAUUUGUGUAUAAUGCAACAUUCCAGUGGUAGUACUAUUCGAUCCAGUUUUUGGUUGGCAAUAUGAUGUUUUCAAUUUGAAUUGAAACAAUCCAGCACAAUUACUCUUUUUAAUUAAAUAUAUAACAACAUUUCAUGGGAAAUUUGUAGAUGUAUGUUCGAUAUACGUGCGAAGGAGAAGCUAUUGACUUCUUUAAUGGCGGAUUCCUGAACAUCUGAAAAAUUGGAAAUUCUUCUUAUUCUUACAUCAAUGGACAGCUUAGCACAACUGGAAGCCUUGUGCGAAAGGCUUUACAACUCGCAGGAUUCAGCUGAAAGAGCUCAUGCGGAGAGCACUUUGAAAUGCUUUUCUGUGAACACUGAUUACAUCUCACAAUGUCAAUACAUUCUGGACAAUGCGUUGACUCCUUAUGCAUUGAUGUUGGCAAGUUCAAGCUUGUUGAAGCAAGUGACAGAGCACAGCCUUUCUUUGCAGCUCCGUCUUGAUAUCCGAAACUACCUGAUAAGCUAUCUGGCCAACAGAGGACCUAAGUUGCAGCCUUUUGUAACUGGAUCUCUGAUUCAACUGUUUUGUCGAGUUACAAAGUUUGGGUGGUUUGAUGAUGACAGAUUCAGAGACGUUGUUAAGGAGUCCGCAAACUUUUUGAGUCAGACAUCGCUAGACCACUAUUCCAUUGGUUUGAAGAUAUUAAAUCAGCUCGUGUCUGAGAUGAAUCAGCCUAAUCCGGGAUUGCCUUCGACACAUCAUCGGAGAGUUGCAUGCCAUUUCAGGGAUCAGUCGCUCUUUCAAAUUUUCCAAAUAUCUUUAACAUCACUACGCCAGCUUAAGAGUGAUGUCGUCAACAGGUUGCAGGAAUUAGCACUUUCUCUUUCACUGAAGUGUUUAUCUUUCGAUUUUGUUGGGACAUCAUUAGAUGAAAGUUCAGAUGAAUUUGGUACUGUGCAGAUCCCAUCUUCUUGGAAAUCAGUCUUGGAAGAUCCUUCAACUUUGCAGAUCUUUUUUGAUUAUUAUGCAAUCACUAAUCCCCCACUCUCAAAGGAGGCGUUGGAGUGUUUAGUGCGACUUGCUUCUGUAAGGCGGUCUUUGUUCACCAGUGAUACUGAACGAUCCAAAUUUCUUGCCCAUCUAAUGACAGGAACAAAAGAGAUUCUGCAAACAGGGCAAGGUCUUGCCGAUCACGAUAAUUAUCAUGAGUAUUGUCGUCUUCUUGGGCGCUUCAAAGUGAACUACCAGUUGUCGGAGCUUGUGAAUGUUGAAGGCUAUAGUGACUGGAUACGCUUAGUAGCAGAGUUCACAUCCAAGUCCCUGCAGUCAUGGCAGUGGGCCAGCAGCAGUGUCUACUACCUUUUAGGGCUUUGGUCCAGAUUGGUGACAUCUGUUCCUUAUUUGAAAGGUGAUACACCUAGUCUGUUGGAUGAAUUUGUGCCGAAAAUAACUGAAGGUUUUAUCACGUCAAGGUUGGACUCUGUGCAGGCUGGAUUUCCAGAUGACCUAUCAGAAAAUCCAUUGGAUAAUGUUGAACUUCUUCAGGAUCAGCUGGAAUGCUUUCCAUACCUCUGUAAAUUCCAGUAUGAAAGCAGUAGCUUAUAUGUUAUAAAGAUUAUGGAGCCUAUUUUGCAAACUUAUACGGAAAGAGCAAGGAUACCGACCAGUGGUGAUGGCAAUGAACUUUCUGUGGUUGAAGGACAACUUACAUGGAUUGUUCAUAUUAUUGCUGCCAUUCUUAAGAUCAAACAGAGCUCUGGUUGUAGUACCGAAUCACAAGAGAUAAUUGAUGCAGAGCUGGCAGCACGUGUUUUUCAGUUGAUAAAUGUCACAGACAGUGGAUUACACACUCAGCGAUAUGGAAAUCUAAGCAAGCAAAGGCUCGAUCGCGCUAUUCUUGCCUUCUUUCAGCAUUUCCGGAAGUCCUAUGUAGGCGAUCAAGCUAUGCAUUCUUCGAAGCAGUUAUAUGCCCGAUUGUCAGAGCUUCUUGGACUCCAUGACCAUCUCGUUUUACUUAAUGUCAUUGUUGGAAAAAUUGCUACAAAUCUUAAGUGCUACACAGAGAGUGAGGAGGUCAUUGAGCACACUUUAAGCCUGUUCUUGGAGCUUGCAUCUGGAUAUAUGACUGGAAAGCUGCUCCUUAAGUUAGACACUAUCAAAUUCAUAAUCGGGCAUCACACUAGGGAACACUUUCCAUUUUUAGAAGAAUACCGGUGCUCUCGCAGUAGAACUACGUUUUACUACACUAUUGGCUGGUUGAUAUUUAUGGAAGAUAGUCCUGUGAAAUUCAAAUCUUCUAUGGAUCCACUAUUGCAGGUUUUCAUCAGUUUGGAAUCAACUCCUGAUGCUGUGUUUCGAACUGAUGCUGUAAAAUAUGCAUUGAUUGGAUUGAUGCGGGAUCUCAGAGGAAUUACAAUGGCAACAAAUAGUCGCAGAACAUACGGUUUACUAUUUGAUUGGUUAUAUCCCUCGCACAUGCCUCUUCUCUUAAAAGCCAUAUCUCAUUGGACAGAUACGCCAGAGGUUACAACCCCGUUAUUAAAAUUUAUGGCAGAAUUUGUGUUAAACAAAGCUCAGCGUUUGACGUUUGACUCAUCAUCUCCAAAUGGGAUUCUUCUUUUCCGGGAAGUCAGCAAAUUAAUUGUGGCUUAUGGGUCAAGGAUUUUAUUGAUUCCAAAUAAUGCUGAUGUUUAUACUUUCAAAUACAAGGGAAUAUGGAUUUCCCUAACUAUUCUUGCCAGGGCAUUGGCUGGAAAUUAUGUCAACUUCGGGGUGUUCGAACUAUAUGGUGAUAGAGCUCUUGCAGAUGCCCUUGAUAUUGCUCUGAAGAUGACACUGUCAAUUCCUCUAGCUGAUAUUUUGGCAUUUCGAAAGCUUACCAGGGCAUACUUUGCUUUCUUGGAGGUUCUAUUUAGCACCCAUAUCGUUUUCAUUCUGAAUCUGGAUACAAGCACCUUUAUGCACAUUGUCGGAUCUCUUGAAUCUGGUUUGAAAGGUUUGGACUCCAGUAUCUCAUCCCAGUGUGCUGCUGCUGUCGAUUGUUUGGCUGGUUUCUACUUCAACAAUAUUACCGUGGGAGAGCCACCCACAUCACCGGUUGCAAUGAAUCUUGCUCGACAUAUCGUAGAGUGUCCAAGUUUGUUCCCAGAAAUACUGAAAACCCUGUUUGAGAUCGUACUGUUUGAGGAUUGUGGAAAUCAGUGGAGUCUUAGUAGACCUAUGUUGAGCUUGAUACUCAUCAAUGAACAGAUAUUCAGUGAUUUGAAAGCUCAAAUUUUGGCUUCUCAGCCGGCUGAUCAACGGCCACGCCUUUCCCUCUGUUUCGACAAGCUGAUGGCUGAUGUUACGCGGAGCUUGGAUUCAAAGAACAGAGACAAAUUCACCCAAAAUCUGACAAUAUUCAGACACGAAUUCCGUGUCAAGUGACUCGAAACUAUCUUUCAGCAAAUGCUACUUUCUUCGGUAAAUUCUGUCUGGCUGCAUCAGUCUCACUCUUUUCGCAGCAACAGGCAUGGGCAUGGAAGGCACCUCUGAUCAUACUUUGGAUUCACAUGGAUAUAUGGUUUUAUUGUUACAGAGAGGCAGAUAUAUACCGAAGUUCAGUGUGGGUUGGGGCUGCUGCCCCCAAUGUGAAUUUGGUUAAUGGUUUCUUAUACUGGGAAUGGAAGAUGAUAGGUAGAGAUGUUACAAUGGUAGUUUUUAGGGCAGGGUUCUAGAAUUGCAAAAGCUGACGUAUGGGUAUUUGUUGUCAAGAUAUAUCGAUUCUUUUUAGGAGAAGGAAGAAAGUUGUAAAUGGCUUGUUAGUUAUUUGUUACACAGAUCUGAUUUUGUUGAUAUUCAGAUUAUCUGUACAUCACCUUUUGAGUUUUUGUUUAUGAAAGGUGGAAUUGCAUA